AUGAAAUUUCCUGAUAUGGAAAGCGUUCACUCAGCUCUAGAGAACUACUCGGUUGAAACAUCUUCGGCUUAUAAGUUUAGGACUAAUAACUCCAAUAAACUACUUGUUGUUUGUCCCUUGUAUGAAGUGAAUGAAGCUAGCACUUGUUCUUUUACGGUCUCUGCCAACAAACGUAAAGAUGGUUAUAUUCAUAUUAUAAGAUUAAUUCAACAUGAUCAAAAUUGUCCAACCUUUUCAAAAACGUUCAAAGUACGUGGGUCAUAUCUUACGAAGUUCACUGCACCAUUGGUUGAGAAUAUAGUGGCACUUAAACUCGUGAUAUU